AUGGUUCGCAUGACCAAGGUCCUUCUCUGCGGUCCUUCAGGGGCUGGAAAAACCACUUUGGUCUACUCCGUUGAAAAUCCUACGGGCGUUCUUCCGAAUCUUGAAAACCACCUGCCGACGUAUGAGGAUACUUAUACAUUGUACAUAUCAACUGAAAAAAAUGGUCAAGAGAAAAUUCGCGUAUACGAGAUUGGUGGUACGAACACCUCUAUAGGUCGACACUUCGUUAAUUCGUCUGACGCUCUUGUUCUGGUCUUCGAUAUCACUAGUUUUGACUCCUUUGUUGCGAUGCAGAAAAUAAAGGCGGAAAUUGAUUCUAUGAAGGAAAAGCGUGAACUGCCAACAGUGAUUAUUGGAAAUAAAAAUGACCAACCUAGAAGUUCCAAAUUCGAAACUAUCUCACCAAGUGCCUGGGCCCACAAAGAAAAAGUUGGAUAUUUCGAAACUAAUGCGUGUGACAAGGCAGCUUUUUUACAAAUCCUCUCUGGGCUAUUACUCAAGCUUCCAGCGUUCUCAUUACCUCUUGUGGGCAUAAAAGGCACAGAGUCAGUAAAAUCGUGUGUCUGUAUUGCCUACGCAGAACAAAAGGAUGUACUUUUUGCCGGACAUGCGGACGGUCAAAUCAGUGCUUGCAAUUUCGCCCAGAAGCGUCAAUGCGCAGCUUGGCUGGCUCAUUCUCAGUCUCAGGUCAUUGGUUUGGCUGUGGCCCCCUGGAAAGCAGUGCCACGUGAAAUCUGUCUCAUCUCUCAGGGUAGAGAUGGCAAAAUUAGGUUUUGGGACACUGAUUUAGCACCAUCUCCAAAAGUGGUUUGCUGCCAGCAUACCCUCUGUCCCUUCAACAUCUGGCAACCUAACAAUGGCUGCCACACUGAGCAUUACCUUGCCUUUGUUGGAGUGGAUGAGGAAGACGCCUCGGCAGUCACCCUGGAGGUAAUUCGAUCAUUGGACAAUUUGACUGUCUGCUCCGUGGACGCAAGUCAAAUCUCCCGGCUUGGCAUGUGUAUGGCACUGAGUGGAGUUACAUGCAGCGGAACUUGUUGCUUUUUGGGGGGAUUCGAGGCAGGCUGCGUGGUACUCUUUAUAGAGGGCAGACAGGUAGCCCGAGUCUCGCCUCUUUCGUCGUCUGACAUUCGACCAAUCACAUGUCUGGCAGCUUUCACUGUCGAUGCAUCCAUGGUGCUAAUUGCUGUGGGUAGGUCUGCUGUAGCUGAUGGUGAAGAAAAGCUGUCUGACUUCGAGCUUCUCAAGCUGACCUCUGAAGAUCGUUCUAACUUCGUUCUUGAGCGGUGCACAAAACAGCCGUUCAGUAACGAGUCUCAUGGAAUCAGUUCAUUGACUUGGCGCAAUGAUGGCCGACUGCUGGCUGCCGGCCAAUGGAACGGUGACAUCCGUUGUUUCGUCGUGACUCGCAAGGGUCGCGCUCGUUGUCUUGGUAAUCUACGCAGCCCUGGAGCGGUUGUUGGCGGCGGUACUCUGCUAGGAGACUGGUCCUCCAUCUCAACUGAUCCUUCUAAGCUAACUCCUGUAGAUCGGGAUCAGUCGCUCUCUAUUCGUGGAGCCCUCUUCCUUCCCUCAAAGUGGCUUAUAACAACUGCACCAGCUUCUGCGGGGGGCUUUGGAUCUCUAAAUGUGUGGGACGUGUACAGAGACUCUUGA